AUGGACCUUGCCUUUAUGGAUCGCGAAAAGCGGGAGCAAUUGCUCCACAGCACCACGAUCACACUCGUUGUAAAGUACAGUGGCACAAAACAUCGUCUCGAACAGCUCGCGGCCGCGGAAAACGUCGUCGCCCGUGAUCGGUAUCGCCAGCUUUGCGAUCAGGCCAAGGCCGCCGGUUCCACCCCUUCCUCAGUCAAAAUUGAAUUCCCAGCACACGCACUGGAAGCCGCCAUAGCGCUGUGCGCGGUUGCCGAAACCAACCCCGACGAGAUAUAUAUGCGCGAGCGUGGCGGCGAUACCCACUUCCUGCAGAUCGACCUAGGACCGAUCCUCCCCGGCUACCUGAUGGAAAUCCUAGACUGGUACUGCAGGGCGCUGAGUGCUAGACAAUGGAAAGACUUUCUGCCCGCCGACCCGUCUGUACAAGAAUACGACAAGUUCUUCUGGCUAUACAUCUACAUCACCAUGCGAAAGCUCGGCAUGCACGACUUUGCCAACACCCUUGGUGGCCCCUUCAUCGGCAUUCUGGUGGAACAACAUGGGCUGGUGGAUCAUGCCUGGAUGCUAGACUUCCUCCUCGAGCAAUUGCAGGAGGGUGAUGCUCUCUUUCAGCUUGUCGCAGAGCGAUAUCUGCAGCUCGAACAAGCUGGUCGGUCUCCGCUUUUCCCCGAGCAAUGGUCUGCAAUAUGCAAGGCCUACCCUCAUUUCGGCAACCUUGUGACGAAGUUGCAGGGAUUCCAGGACCUGUUCGGCGAUGCUGUGAGGGAGAUGGAGCGUUUGGGGAUCGAUGAUGGCGUCGACGAGGACAUGGAACUUUGA